AUGGGAUGUUAUCAUCCUGGACGAGUUGUUCGCGACGGCACAAGGAGCCAUAGCGCUGGCGCAUUCGUGAGAAGUACGGUGCUAAACUUGCCACUUUUGCGAACAACAGAUUUCUCCAAUCAAUACAGUCUCUAUCGAGGUUUCUCUCGGAAUCCUGUGAUAACACCAAACUACUACACAAAAGGCUACCAUAUGAUGACGUACGAUGUGUUGAACUUCUUUCCACGACUGUACUCUAUAAGGGAUGCAAUAUUCGAGCAGUACUACAUCGGAGUGGCAUCUAACCGAUGGCUUAGGAAAGCUGGAGAACUGCUCAACGUCCAAAAUUCCUACGAGACCAUUUUCGAGGCUUCUCGUGUCUCCUUAACCGACUUCCCUGCGCGUUACGGUUACGUCUGUUCGACGGGGACUGACUUGAUUCACGUUGGCGAAUACUGUCAAGGAUCUAACGAGCUUCCAUUAGACUUAAGAAGUUUUGUGGAGGAUUCCAAAUCGAAAAGGAACGAUAUACAUUGCGUUUGGCUCAAUUGUCAACUGGAAUGCGGCCAAAGCAGAGGUGGGUCUUGCACUUACUCAGACCUUCUUGAAUGUGCACUG